UCCGGAAAUAAACUACAUUUCCCGUAAGGCCGCAGAAAGGAGUACGGUGGCCGCGCAGGGUUACAGCUCUCAAAGGGGGCGCUACAGGCUGGGCUAUGUCGUUUAAACGGGAUGGGGAUGAUCUGAGCCAGCUGAACGUUCUAAAGAAGAGGCGAGUGGCGGAUCUGCUGGCCAGUUACAUCCCGGAGGAUGAGGCUUUGCUUCUUAAAAAUGGCAGCUACGCUUGCACCGUGUGCCAUCACCGGCCCGUCUUCAGUACCAUCGAUAUGUUGUCUGUGCACAGAAGCGGGAAGAAGCACUUAGCCGGUCAGCAGCGGUAUUACGGCAAGAAGCUGGAGCAUAACAAUGAGAUCCAGAAGAGGCGCCAUUUUGAUUUUGUACAGGCAGAAGAUGCAGGAGAACAGCGUCCACCAGGUCCCGCCCCUUUGCUGGUCCAGACAAGGAAGAUUACCCAGCAUGCUCUGCUGAAAUCUGCCCCGUACAACAGCUGCUGCUCUCACAAAUCAGUAGCCAAUAGCAGGAAAGUCUAUGAUUGCCAUUCCAGCCUACCCACAGGCUUAAACCAUCCCCAGUCUGGGCCCAGUGCAUCUGAUGCCUCCCUACAUUCUCCCCCUAGUGGACACUGCAGCAGCCCUACAGAGAUUCCCAAGCAGGAGGUCCCGGCAGAAAAGCACGGCAGUCAGCACAAGAAGAAGGGCGAGGAGAAAGUCAAGAAGGAAAUUCCAGACCCAGAGAGGGAGAGGACUAUGGAGCACUACCUGCGACUGAAGAGCUCUGGGUGGCUACCUGACGGCACUGGCAAGUGGGUAAAGGAUGAGAAUGUCGAAUUUGACUCUGAUGAGGAGGAACCUCCACCCUUGCCCCCCUCCUGAUUGGUGGGUUCUCCGUGUGAUGUGACAGUAGCAACCCUGAAGGUGUAACGUCAUCCACUUGGGGACAAAAGCAGCCGUGUGGGUACAGCAUUAGCGACUGUAAUACAGCCGGUGUGAAACAAGUGGGUGGGUGGCAGCACAGCUUGGCAUUGCCUACAGGAACAGCGCCCACUGGUGUAAUGACUGGGCACAAAAUGACAUUAGAAUUCAUGCACAGUCCUGCAUUACCAUACUCUGCCCAUUAGAGGGCACUGCAGCCCAAGCAUCCACUCUCGGAUCUGUUUUCCAAAACCUUCCCGUCCCUUGGCAUCUGUGCACUGCGUGAAACUGAGACACCUUGUUACUAUAUAUGCCUUAAGGGCCACAUUUCUGCGCUAUUUAUUGGUUCGGAGCCUGACUCUGAAACCUGAACCACACACAGAUAUAUGGACUUUUAUAUGCAGGAAUAAACCAGGCGCAGCCCCUUCCCAGAAUAGAGUUAGCCCCAGUCAGUUGCACUUUCCCUUUAAUCACAUUUCUCUAUUAUGCCCAGUUUAUGAAGGCGAAACAUCUGGUUGAUGUGGUUUACAGAGCAGGAGGAUUUUCUCAGUAAGGAGCAGCAGUUCAACAGACGGGAGGGGGGGGGGGGGGGGGGUGACUGUACUUGCCGAGCUGUGAGUCCCCCACCCCACAAACCUUAGCCCUUCACCAACUGCUGAUUCUUCAUUAUAUAAAUACACCACAUGACCUCAGAGGCCGAGAGCCGAGCAGCAGUGGCUUUUUAUAGAGCAAGGAGCUUGCAGACGUGUAAAGGAGCCCGGGGGAAGAUAUACCCCAGGGAACCACCAUGAUAUUAACCGGGGGGGGGUCGGACUACGCGGGUGGCUAGCACCCAACCCAACCAGCUCUUGGGGUGCAAUCUACUUGCCGAUGGAUCUAUCUAGAAUGCAUUAUGCAGCCAUUGAGUUCAAAGUCACUUUAUUUACAACUUGUUAAAUAUAAUGUAUUUAUUUCCCCCCCAAACCCGUGGUAUUGGCGUCACUUCAGCUCCGUCGCAGCCUUCGGCACAAUGUCGUGAGCGUUAAAGUGCAGCCUGUAAGGAAAGAAGGUGCUGUACAUGGAGGAAAAGGGCGGGGCUUAAGAGGGAGAUAAGCAGCGGGGCAGCAUGGGAAGUAUCUGAGAAGGCCACUGAGAUGAUGAUGAUGAUAACAUAGUGGGGUAGAAACGUAUAUACAAGAGGAAAGACCCUAGUGUGCCCUGUUUAUUCCACUUUAUAGUCUCCUGAAUAUUCUCCGUGAAUUACGCCCGUGGGGCCUAGCCAAAUCCGCCCUCCGUCCAAUCAAUGCGCUGUACACAAACAUGACACAUCACAGAACAGAGCCUAUUUAUAGGUAACGGGAGAACACUGACAUUUCGACAAUCAGGAGGGCAACGGACUCCUUAGACCUUCUUCUGCUUGCGACCUAGAAAACAAAAGGAAGAGGCGGUUACACCGUCCCGCUGCUGAGGUCACAGGGAGCCC